CAUGGAAAUGCUUGAACAAGACCGAAACGAUUUACAGAGUGAAAUGAAGAAAAAGAAUGUGGACUGGAAGAAAGUCGAUGCCCUUAUGGACAGCACCUUUUCACUGAGGAGGAAGGAGGUCAUCAGAGAGGAGCCUUUGGUCAAAGAUCUCAAAACCAGAUGGCCAGCGUUGUUCACUGAGCGGCAGAUUGAAGCAGAAUUCAGACGGAUUGUCUCCAAGAACCUGAAGCAGUCAUUUUUUGACGGCCUGGAUGAGUUGGUCCCAAGAUUUCUGCGUGUUUACAGACAGAGGCAGACAGUGAAGGAACUUCCGGCUAUCCUCGCCUCUCUUGAUGAUGAUAACUCAAAUCAACAGAAGAGAGCCGUUGUUCUCCUUGCCCUGCCCUAUUUUAUGAAGGAGGACCCUUCCAAUUUCUUCAAAAUCUGUAAGCCAAAUGAGGAGAGUGAAGCGGUCAAGGGAAUGGACGUGGGAAUCCUCAUCCUUACAGAGAAUGAACAGCGCCCUCUCCCCAAGGAGGUGAUCGAUGUCGCACUUGCACUGGAGGAGGAUGUCGUUCUCCGAAACCUCAAAGAUGUGCCUCACGCGUUUUCAUUGCUGAUGGGUCUGCUUUAUGGUCUCAACAUCCACUACCCAAAAGGACUCAGGUACAUGUUUGAGGUCAUACAGAAGGUGAUAAUGAAGAUUGGUGCAGAGUCUUGCUCCGCAAGAGUUAAUAGUGUCCGGAACAGGCUCAUGUCCACACGCAUGUGAUCGGACACGCAUCUUUAAGUGAUAUGCCUCACGCGUUUUCAUUGCUGAUGGGACUGCUUUAUGGUCUCAACAUCCACUACCCAAAAGGACUCGGGUACAUGUUCGAGAUCAUACAGAAGGUGAUAAUGAAGAUUGGCGAUGAGUCUUGCUCCGCAAGAGUUAAUGGUGUCCGGAACAGGCUCAUGUCCACACACAUGUGAUCG